CUUUUUUAAAAUAUGUGUUAGAAAUGUUGAUUAAUGGUAACCAGCGAUAUCCGGGGGGUUAUUUAACCUCAUAUUCAUUAUCUGUUUUCUCGCCCUCUUAUUUUACAGACUCCCUUUCUCGCUUUCUCUCUCCUCUUCUCAAUCUCUCACUUCAAAACGUCCGAUUGAUCCUUCUCGAACAAUCUUUUCUCAGGUCAUCGUCUUAUUUGUUAAUCGCUUGAAGAUCGUCUGUAUUUCUGUGUUUCUUAUGCGAUCUAGAAAUUUCUGGAUGAUACUGUUGUAUUGAUUUAAGAUUAUACGUUUCUAGCGGAAUUUUUGAUCGAAUUGUUGAUUUGAUUGAUGUAUGUUGAGAUUUUGAUCGCCGAUCUGAAUAUUUACUAAUGUUACGCUUUUAUAAACUUUGAUUAGAUCUGUUAUAAGGAUGAAUCUUGUUCUAAAUUCCGUUUCUGAGGUGAAUAUGUGAUCAUUAUUUUGGUUGUAAUGUUUUUUUAUAUGGCCGAACCUGUAAAUCCGUCUGGUUUGAUUUCACUUUGAAGGAAAUGGUGGUUUUUUGUUUUAAUGUUUUUAAUUUAGGUCUUUAGACAGCGACCCUUCUUUCUUUUGUUGAUAUCAUAACAUUGUUUUACUGCUGAAUGAGGAUAGAUCCAUUUGAUCUGAACGUUUCUCAAAUAUUUAUGUUAUCGUCUGCAAUUUUCUUACUCUAGAUCUAUGUUUAUCACCUUACGUUUUCCAGUUUAUUGUAUAAGAAAAGCCAUCUGUCUGAAGGUCCAUGUAUUUCUCUGUGUGAUCAAUAUUCUUUUGGAUUUCACUAUUCGUGAUUGCUAUACUUGAAUUUUUAGGAUCUUAUCAUGCACAUUUACAUGAUGUUUCUUGCCACCUUGAAGAUUUUGUUGUGGCUUCUUAUGAUCUGAAUAUUAUAAUACCUUGGAGAGUUUUGACUUUUUGAGUUUAUUUAUCCAAAAAAUGAGUUUUUGAAGCUAUAAAUCUUUCAGCCGUUACGAUUUCUUGUAUCCGUAAUUAGAAAUGGUUUAGUGGAACGUGUAGGUCCACUAAGUCUUGUUUUAUAUUUAAAAUACAGCUUUUACAUACUUUAAAGUUCCUUUAUUUUAUUUUAAUAUUAUCUGCUGAUAUUAAUUCGAGUGGAUCUUAGAAGAUCAAUUCUCCAUAACCAUAAUUUUAUAAUAAAGCAUUUGAAAAUACUUAUGCUGAUAUAUAGUUUCACAAUAUCUGAGCAAGUGUUUUUGUAUUUAUAGGGAUCCUGAGUAGCAAGAGGAUAGAAUGGGGCUUACUUUCACCAAACUUUUUAGCCGGCUCUUUGCCAAGAAAGAGAUGCGAAUAUUGAUGGUGGGUCUCGAUGCAGCUGGUAAGACAACCAUUUUGUAUAAGCUCAAGCUCGGCGAGAUUGUCACCACAAUUCCUACCAUAGGUUUUAAUGUGGAGACUGUUGAGUACAAAAACAUUAGCUUCACAGUGUGGGAUGUUGGGGGUCAGGACAAGAUUCGUCCACUAUGGAGGCAUUAUUUCCAGAACACACAAGGUCUUAUCUUUGUGGUUGAUAGCAAUGACAGGGACAGAGUUGUUGAGGCAAGAGAUGAAUUGCACAGGAUGUUGAAUGAGGAUGAGUUAAGAGAUGCAGUUCUUCUUGUAUUUGCUAACAAACAAGAUCUCCCAAAUGCAAUGAAUGCUGCUGAAAUCACUGAUAAGCUUGGCCUCCACUCCCUCCGACAACGCCACUGGUACAUCCAGAGCACUUGUGCAACAUCUGGAGAGGGACUUUAUGAGGGAUUGGAUUGGCUGUCCAACAACAUAGCAAACAAGGCAUGA